UAGUUUCGGUUCGGCUACGCGCCUGAUCUUGGUUGCGGUUGUACCGAGACUGAGGACUACAGCAAAGUGAAAUGAAAUUGAACAGUUCUGGCUGACCAUACGAUGAUAGAAGGUGCUUUACGCUGCUUAUUUAGCUUUGGAGUCGCAGUUGGUAGAGGGUUGUUUGUGAAUCUCAAAAGGAUGGGAACAGUACCAUGGAUGAGCAGGGAGCCUUUUAGUUUCCUCACUACUCAUUCCCGGGUACCCGUUCACACCGGCAAGGGUGAUUUGGUCGACUGGAAUAAACGGAAACCCCCAAGACAGAACCAUUACAUGGCAUCAUCGCACCUACAUGACAUUCCUCACCAACUGCACCACCAGUCUCACUUCCUCCCUCUUUCACGGAGCACCCUAACCCAACCUCCACCCUCCUCUCCGUCUUCCUCCUCGCCUUCACCCUCCAGUCCACUACACCCUCACCUCCCUCUUCUCCCUUUUCCACCCUCACAUCCGACACAUCCGGUCCCUGGCCCUUUCUCCGUCCGUUUCUCGUACCUGCCCCUCGCCGGCAACACUUCGCCAGCACCCUCAACCCCUUCUGCAUACCACUCCCAUCCGCGCUGCGCUUCCACCAACAGCCCACUCAUCCACAUCGCGCCCAACUACCUCUAUGUCCUAGCCAACAACCUCGAGGUGUUCAAGUGCAUCAAUACUAGGUACCCGGCCGACGCACUACCGCGAUUCCUGGAGGGCGCGAGAUACGACAAGAUGAAGGCAAGGGUGAUGGGCGCGUAUAGAGGGAGGGAGGUGCAUGGGGUGGAGAGGCGGGUGGAGGAGGCUGUGGAGGAGUCCGUGAGGUUUGUGAAGGAGCGGUAUGUUAGUGAGAAUACCUCUGGUAGUAAACAUGGAGCAAAAUGGGCGGAGCUGGCAGAUUGGUCCUCGUAUCUGACUAGAGGUAUGGACGUGAUUACCGACCAAGCUGGGGUUUGGCGAGAAGAUGAAGAAGAAGAAGGACGUGCUUAGCUUCUUGCAGGGUUUGGGGAGGCGAACUGGUAUUAAUGGGGUUUGCGAUCAAUAUGACGGCCCGUUUUCGUUAUCAGACCGACGACAAUCAAGGCUGUCUUCCUCAGGGAACAUGAAUGGCUGGGCCUCACACGGGCUGAAAUCGAGCACGAAGUCGUCUACCUAGGGCCGCACUAGAGGGCAAGGCGUCCAAGCAGGUCCAGUUAAAUACGAGGAGGCCAGGACCCUUCCGUAUCCGCAGGUACGUCAGCUAGGGGCUAUUAUACGAUGUGAUCCCCCAGAAAUGCCCACAUAGCCACAGGCAGUUAUCCACGAAGGGCUCUCUUCUUCUUAGCCAUGCCCCUAGAAGGUGACACCAUUCGCGGCCGCUUUGCUCUUGGCACG